AUGGCUUCUAAAUCUCUUCCUCAUAUGGACUUCCGCAGUUACGUUGAGGCUCUCGAAGCCGACGGCGACCUUGUCUCAAUUACUGAAGAAUGCGACCCUCAUCUUGAAGUUGGUGCAAUUAUUCGAAAGGUUGUUGAGACUAAUGAUAAGGCUCCCUUGUUCAACAAGCUCAAGGGACAAGAUGAGAAUGGCCUUUGGAGAUUAUUGGGUGCACCAAACUCCCUUCGGUCUGACCCCAAGCAGCGCUACGGCAGACUUGCCAGACAUCUCGGACUGCCUCCAGACUCAUCGAUGAAGGUUAUCUUGGAUAAGAUGAUCUCUGCCAAAACAGCACCUCCUAUUCCCCCUACUGUUGUUGAGACUGGUCCUUGCAAGGAGCACAUCUUGACACCGGACCACUUCGACCUCACUAAGCUCCCGGCACCACUGCUUCAUCAAUCAGAUGGUGGAAAAUACGUUCAAACUUACGGAAUGCACAUUGUACAAUCCCCAGAUGGAAAAUGGACAAACUGGUCUAUUGCUCGUGCAAUGGUCUACGACCGAAACCACCUUGCCGGAUUGGUGAUCAAGCCGCAACACCUCUACCAGAUUCACGAGAUGUGGAAGAAGGAAGGCCGCGAUAUGCCUUGGGCUUUGGCCUUUGGAGUCCCUCCUGCUGCCAUCAUGGCAUCGAGCAUGCCCCUCCCUGACGGAUUGUCUGAGGCUGAAUACAUUGGUUCGCUUGUCGGGUCAUCCCUUGAUGUCGUCAAGUGCGAGACCAAUGGACUCUAUGUACCCGCCAACUCGGAAAUAGUAUUUGAAGGAACAUGCUCUAUCACGGAUACAGCACCUGAGGGGCCUUUUGGAGAGAUGCAUGGCUACGUGUUUCCCGGCGAUGCCCACCCUUGGCCAAAGUAUACGGUAGAUCUCAUCACGCACCGUAAAGAUGCAAUUCUGCCCGUCUCCAACUGUGGAAGACUGACUGACGAGACUCAUACAAUGAUAGGCCCUCUUGCUGCUGCAGAGAUCGGCUUUCUCCUCAAGUCGAAAGGUUUCCCUAUCAAGGAAGCCUUCUCACCAUUCGAGUCUCAAGUUACGUGGGUUGCUUUGCAGGUCGACACCCAGAAGCUACGUGAGAUGAAGACAACAUCUGAGAAGUUCUGCCGUGAGAUCGGAGACAUCAUCUUCAAUCACAAGGUCGGCUAUACGAUUCAUCGGUUGGUAAUCGUAGGUGAUGACAUCAAUGUGUACGAUUUCAAGGAUGUGAUCUGGGCUUUCUGUACUCGUUGCCGCCCCGGAAUGGAUGAGUACGUCUUUGAAGACGUUGCCGGCUUUCCACUCAUACCAUACAUGUCGCAUGGUAAUGGAGCGCCUAAUCGUGGUGGCAAGGUUGUCUCCGACUGCUUGUUGCCAGUCGAAUAUACAACCGGGAAGAACUGGGAAGCAGCGGACUUUGAAAACUCGUUUCCGGAGGAGAUCAAAGACAGGGUUUGCAACCGAUGGCAAGCCUUGGGCUUCAACAGCGCGAAGUAA